GCCCCAGUCAGCAGUUUGCAUCCACACAUGACAACACCUGACUGUGCUGCUGCAGCACGACACCAACUCUCAUGGCGUCCUGCUGCUCCGUCUUGCUGUCUCUGCUGCUCCUCGCUGCGGGACACAAGUGUCUCUCCGUUAAUCCGCUACUUGUCUUUCUCAUCGAUGGUUUCCGUCAUGACUACAUGGACGACCUGCACUCUCUCCCUGGCUUCAAGGAGCUUGUUUCCACAGGAGUCAAAGUGGACUACAUGACGCCGGACUUCCCCACUUUGUCUUAUCCCAACUACUACUCCUUAAUGACUGGCCGUCACUGUGAAGUUCAUCAAAUGAUUGGAAACUACAUGUGGGAUGAAUCCUCUGGGAAAGAGUUUCUGAUUGGCUCCAAUCCUGACAGCAGAUUGCCGCUUUGGUGGAAUGGAUCAGAACCAUUAUGGAUUACUUUGCAGAAACUCGGAAAGAAGGUUUUCAUGUACUACUGGCCAGGCUGUGAGGCAGAGAUUCUCGGGGUUCGCCCAACCUUCUGUGAAGAAUACGUCUACAACCCAUCAAUACAAAACCUAACUUAUUCAAUUGAAAAUGCUCUCAACAUCCUCAAGUCUGGUGGUGCAAGCAUGGCAGCCAUAUAUUAUGAGAACGUGGAUGUGGAAGGACACCACUUUGGCCCAGACUCUCCUCAGAUCAAAAUAGCGUUACAUCAGCUGGACUUGGCCAUGCAGACGCUCAACAACAAAAUCAAAGAGAAGAAUAUGGUGAAUAAAAUCAACAUUGUGAUGUUUUCCGACCAUGGUAUGACAAAAAUUGAUUGGAUGGAGAAAGUCAUCGAGCUGGACAAGUACAUCAACAUGUCAGAUGUUGUCAAGAUGUUGGACAAAGGACCAGUUGUGAGUUUGUGGGUGAAAGGAGAUAAGUUCCAACAGGUACAUGCUGCUUUGUCCAAGGUCCCUAACAUGCAUGUUUAUGCCAGAGAGGACAUCCCUGAACGCUUCCAUUACAGAGGCGGGAAGUUUGUUGCCCCAAUGACCCUGGUGGCUGAGCCAGGCUGGUUUAUCAUCCAGAAUAAGGCCAAACUCCCGUACUGGAACAAUGACAGCAGUGUGCAGCCCCUGGCUUGGCAAAAUGGUUGGCAUGGUUACGACAAUGAAUUCCUCGACAUGGGCGGCUUUUUCUUGGCUGCAGGACCUGACUUCAAACAGAAUGUUGGGGCUGCACCUAUCCGGACAGUGGAUGUCUAUAACGUGCUUUGCCGCAUAUUGGGAGUGGAACCUCUACCAAAUAACGGGUCCUGGUCUCGGGUGAGGGACCUCCUGAAUGGCUGCGGUGGUCCACACGUUCCCCUAACCCAGCUGACCUGCUGGAUGGCUUUGUUUGGAACCCUGCUGGCACUGUGGCAAUGAAAGGUGUCUUAAUGUCUAUAGUGAGAAGUCAUCAGGAACACCAAAUCAUGAAUCUUGAGCCGUGCUCUAAUUUCAUUACACUUUAAUUUACACUGGGAUUUUAUAUACAGUGGGGCAAAAAAGUAUUUAGUCAGCCACCGAUUGUGCAAGUUCUCCCACUUAAAAUGAUGACAGAGGUCUGUAAUUUUCAUCAUAGGUACACUUCAACUGUGAGAGACAGAAUGUGAAAAAAAAUCCAGGAAUUCACAUUGUAGGAAUUAUAAAGAGUUUAUUUGUAAAUUAUUGUGGAAAAUAAGUAUUUGGUCAACCAUUUAAAGCUCUCACUGAUGGAAGGAGGUUUUGGCUCAAAAUCUCACGAUACAUGGCCCCAUUCAUUCUUUCCUUAACACGGAUCAAUCAUCCUGUCCCCUUAGCAGAAAAACAGCCCCAAAGCAUGAUGUUUCCACCCCAAUGCUUCACAGUAGGUAGGGUGUUCUUGGGAUGCAACUCAGUAUUCUUCUUCCUCCAAACACGACGAGUUGAGUUUAUACCAAAAUGGAUACAUGGAUGAUACAGCAGAGGAUUGAGAGAAUGCCAUGUGGUCAGAUUAAACUAAAAUAGAACUUUUUGGUAUAAACUCAACUCGUCGUGUUUGGAGUACACAAUUUUAUAUAUGAUAUCAGAAAAGAGGGCUCUUUUUUUUUUAGAUGAGCUGAUGAUUUCGAGGACAUUUUGACUAAAAUAUAAUUAUCCAGCAGUAUUCUCAUACCCUUGAAUUCAGAGCUUUUUUGGAUUUCGAAGAUACACUGGUAUGAAUAAAUUACAUAAGCAUUUGUCUUUUAUUUGUAUGGUAAAUAGUAGCUCAUAUAGGUUGGGGAAGGGGGUGAUUUAUGCCCGAGUAACAUGCUUUAUCAGUAUAUACCAUGAAUUGAUUAACGUGGACCCCGACUUAAACAAGUUGAAAAACUUAUUCGGGUGUUACCAUUUAGUGGUCAAUUGUACGGAAUAUGUACUGUACUGUGCAAACUACUAAUAAAAGUAUCAAUCAAUCAAUCAAUAACGGGUCAAUCCCUGCUUCGAAAAGCUGAGUACUACAAAAUAUUUUCUUUGUAGCCAUUAAUCCUGAACUUUCUCAUUUAAGUUAAAAUAGAUAGUCCUGGGUUCAAUCACGGGCUCGGGAUCUUUCUGUGUGGAGUUUGCAUGUUCUCCCCGUGAAUGCGUGGGUUCCUUCCGGGUACUCCGGCUUCCUCUCACCCUCCAAAGACAUGCACCAGGGGAUAGGUUGAUUGGCAACACAAAAUUGGCCAUAGUGCAGUGGUUCUUAACCUGGGUUCGAUCAAACCCUAGGGCAUGGGUGUCAAACUCUGGCCCGCGGGCCAAACUCGGCCCGCCGUUUAAUUUCAUUUGGCCCUUGAGGCAAUAUCAAAUUAACCUUAGAGCUGGCCCGCCGGUAACACCACAUUCACCGCUAAUACUCAUACUUACAAUUUUCCCAGGAGACUCCCGAAGUUUAGUGCCCUUCCCGAAAAUCUCCCUGGCUAACCAUUCUCCCGAUUUCCACCCGGACAACAAUAUCGGGAGCGUGCCUUAAAGGCACUGCCAUUAGCGUCCUCUACAACAUGCCGUCACGUCCUCUUUUCCUCCAUGUAAACAGCAUGCUGGCCAAGUCACAUAAUAUAUGCGGCUUUCACACACACAUACUUGGUCAACAGCCAUACAGCUCACACUGAGGGUGGCCGUAUAAAAAACUUUACCAUUGUUACAAAUAUGCGCCACACUGUGAACCCACACCAAACAAGAAUGACAAAACACAUUUCGGGAGAACACCUGCACCAUAACACAACAUAAACACAACAGAACAAAUACCCAGAACCCCUUGCAGCACUAACUCUUCCGGAACGCUACAAUAUACACCCCCGCUACUACCAAACCCCGCCCACCUCAUUUUUAUUUUAUUUUUGAAUUUAUUAGCCUGUGGAAAAAGUUAAUGUUGAUAUUUACCUGAGAAGGCUGCAAAUAGAAAAGAAGCGUUCAUUUUUUAAAAUAAAUUUUAUUUAAUAUACCACUGAUGUUUUUUGAAAGUUGAUUUUGCACUAUUACGUUAUAUAAGCUCUGCCUGUUCCAUGGGAGGAAGCCCAAAUACCCGGAGGGGACCCACGCAGUCCCGUGGAGAACAUGCAAACUCCACACAGAAAGAUCCCGAGGAUUACUCAGGACCUUCGUAUUGUGAGGCAGAUGCACCAACCCCUGUUCCACCAUGCUGCCCUAUUUAAGCCUUGGUUGUUCAAUAUUCAUUGCAAAACUUGUUUGGGUCCCUAUUAAAAGGUUAAUUUUUUAAACCUUGGCUCAGUUUUAAAUUUUGGCACACUCUGUAUUUGAGUUUGACACCCCUGGCCUAGGGGUUUGGCGGAGCCUGCGCAGCGGAGGUCGAGACACGCCCAACUCGAAAUGUAAAUAAUAAAUUCUCUCUAUCGGCGUAUUAUGGAUAUCCUUAAACAAUGUUCUCUCUAAUUUUCCAUCUGAUUUGCAGAUGUGUAAUUUGUUGUGAGUUUAUGCGUUGGUUUUGCUCUUUGAACAAGGGGAUGGAUGUUCAUGCACAGUUCAUUUUGUGCACCAGUAAAAAAAACAUAACUGUCUUUAAUUACAAUUUUUAAUUUAUUUAUUUAUUCACUAAAGGCUUCGGUGAAUGCACAUAUGAAAUUGUUGGGGUUCGGUACAUCCAAUAAGGUUAAGAACCACUGCCCUAGUGUGUGAAUGUGAGUGUGAAUGUUGUCUGUCUAUCUGUGUUGGCCCUGUGAUGAGGUGGCGACUUGUCCAGGUCGUACCCCACCUUCCAACCGAAUGCAGCUGAGAUAGGCUCAAGCGACCCCAAUUAUUAUCUAUUUCACUAACUGUUUCUUUGCUAUCACUUUUACGAUCAUAUUUGUACAUAUCGUAUGUGCUGGUGUUGUUCUAUUGUUGUUUUUGUUGUAUUUGAUGUUGUUGUUUUUGUCUCUCUGUCUAAUCCCCCUCUUGUCCCCACAAUUUCUCCCUCUGUCUUCCUUUUUUUCUCUUUCUAUCCCCUCCUGCUCCGGCCCGGCUGCACCAAAUGAUAAUAUAAAUACAUUUAAUCAAGUCAAACUCAAAUAAGGCAACAAGAGAAGUAUCUCACACUUCUCUUUUGUAAAGUAAAUCUGAAUAGCCGAUAUGGGCAUCGACAUCAACUAUAUGAUUUGCCUGAGAAGCUGGACAGGACAAAAAAUAAGAAAAAAAGAAACAAAAACACAAGUGACAAGCGGUAGAAAAUGGGUGCAUGUAUAGUUUUGUAGAUUAAAAUGUUUUAUAUAACAAGUUAGUGUUGGUGACCAAUUUAAAUGUUUUAUCAUUUGUUGAAAAUUUUACAAAAAAAGGUUUAUAUUUUAAAUAAGGAUGUAUUUUUCCCUGAAUUUCAGGCAAACUGAUGCACUUCAAAUCUUGUCAGUUACAGACUGAAAAACAAACACAAAUAAUGUUGUUUUUUUGAAAGUUUAACAAUAUUUCUUUUUUUGUUUGUUUUAUUUAAUUUUUGAUAAGGAUACAAUAUUAUGCAGAGGUGUACUUGUAACAAAUUUAUAGACACAUUUUUUUGAAAAGUGUGAAGUUAUUUCAGGAGAACAUGCAAACUACAAACACAAAUAUAUUGCAACCAAGACUGAACUCGGGUCUUCUGUCAGUGAAACAGAAAUUGGUUUUGGUGUGCAGAGACUCGCCUACCAGGCCUAUGCAGUACACAUUGUGGGAGUAUAAAAUGGGAUUUUCCAAGUUUUAGUAGUACGGUGGAAGAGGGGUUAGUGCAUGUGCCUCACAAUACGAAGGUCCUGAGUAGUCUUGAGUUCAAUCCCGAUCUUUCUGUGUGGAGUUUGCAUGUUCUCCCCGUGACUGCGUGGGUUCCCUUCGGGUACUCCGGCUUCCUCCCACUUCCAAAGACAUGCACCUGGGGAUAGGUUGAUUGGCAACACUAAAAUUGGCCCUAGUGUGUGAAUGUUGUCUGUCUCUCUGUGUUGGCCCUGCGAUGAGUUAGCGACUUGUCCAGGGUGUAACCCGCCUUUCACCCGAAUGCAGCUGAGAUAGGCUUCAGCACCCCCCGCGAACCCAAAAGGGACAAGCGGUAGAAAAUGGAUGGAUGGAUGGAUGGAUAGUUCACCCAAAUUAACGUUUCUAUUUUCAAGCCCCUUUCAUGAAACUUUCACACAAAAGUGACACCAAAACACAGAAAAAAAAGAUUUAAUUUGUUAUUCACUGCACCUCGUAUGUACACCACAAAUUUUCCAAGGCAAUACAAAAUAGAACAAACACAUACAACAUAAGUGUGUGAGAUAUUAGAUGAAUCCGCUACCAGAAAUGAAGCCUUUCUUGCUUUCCUUGCUGCAGCACAUGGAUCUCCUCAUAUCGGCUGCUUCUUCACUACCAGUGACAUCGUUUUUGGUAGUGAUGAGAAAAUAAACAAUAAUCAAAUGGCAAUGCAAAUGAAAAAUUCUGAAAAAAAGGAUAAUUGUUAAAAGUUUUAAGAUCAAGUUAAAAGAUGCUGACACAUCACUUGCUUUAAAACACCCAAAAGAAAGACUUAAAAAUCCAUUGACCGCCAGAAAAGUUUGGUUUUAGUAGCUUGUGUGAUGAAAGAAAUAUUUGCCUUAAGCACAGAUGAACACAUUUCGUUUAGUCGAUGUUGGAUGCGCUUACGAUUUCAAAGUGGUUUAUAUUCCUUAAAAGUAUGAGCUCCUGAAGGAAGCACUUGCACAAACUGCUACAUUGCCUCUUUUCUGAGUACGAAACACAUCGCAGUGUCCCCGUCUCUAUCUGAGCGAGGAGCAUCACGGCCACCAUGGAAAGGAAACAAAAAUACAACUAUGAGAAUAAAUUCAUGGAAUGACAAGAUGCCAACAUA